AUGCAGUCCCAAACCGUCCUGGUCGUGCCGUCCAGCAAGGAGACGCCAGGCGCCGGCCCCGCGGACGGCGCGCGCCCCGCGCGCACAAAGCGGCCGGUGCAGCGCGGCGCCAGCGGGCUGCGCGCGUCGCUGGCGGGCGACACCGCCACCACAGAGUCGACGGUCACCACCUGCACGGGCGCCUGCUCCAGCGCCAACGCGUCGCCGCGGCGCAGGUCACCCAGCAGCAACUUGGACGACGUCCUCACAGCCGGCCUCAGCAGCGCCGGCGGCGCCCCCGCGGCUGCGCCCCGCGCCGGCUCGCCCAGCAUGACCGGCGGCUGCGGCGGCGGCAACGGCACUGACGGCGGCGGCACUGGCGCCAGCAACGGCGGUGGCGGCGGCGGCGGCAUCCUGCACGCCUCGGGGUCAGUCGUGAGCGGCGACCAAGAGAGCGUCCUUGGCUGGCGGCGCCGCGCGACGGGCAGCUUCUCGAUGGACGGCACCAGCGACGCCGGCACGACGAGCACCGCGGCGGCGGGCGCGCGCGCGGCCCUCGACAGCCGGCGCAACAUGACCCUGCAGCAGCUGCAGCGGGCGAUAAAGAGCAUCAUGCUGACGGAUGGAGAAAUGUAUGCGAAGUUGCAGGCCGGGCUGCAGGGCAUCGGCAGCCUGGCGCGCGAGACGACGCGGCUCACGGUCAACCGAGAUUUGACCGGCGCGACGUGCAUCAAUCAGUACGUGGUGGUGAAGACGCUGGGGCGCGGAAGCUACGGGAAGGUCAAACUGUGUUUGAAUACGGUGGACGGACAGCUCUAUGCGAUCAAGCGCCCCAAGGCUGCCCUCCGGAAGGGCUCCCGCCGCAGCCUCUCCGAGACAACUGCCGGCGGCGGCAGCGGCGGCCUCCUGUCGCGCAGCGCCAGCUGCUCGGGCGCGCCGGGCGGCGGCGGCGGCGGCUCUGGCGGCGGGGGGCUGAUCGGGGAGCAGGCGGCCGCAGUGGACGAGGUUUCGAGGGAGAUUGCCAUUUUAAAGAAGAUGGAUCAUCCCAAUGUCGUCAAGCUGCUCGAGGUGAUCGACCCCCCGGGCAGCCAGUACAUGAUGUUAGUCAUGGAGUACCUCGAAAAGGGCCCCGUGCUCGUCACGCGCGACCAGGCCGGCUUCGAGUGCCUCCCAGAGGAGGUUGCUGCUGACUACUUCCGCCAGGCCCUCAAGGGUCUGGAGUACCUCCACUACCACAGGGUGGUGCACGGAGACAUCAAGCCGGAGAACCUGCUCGUCAGCGCUAAUGGGGAACUGAAGAUCUCCGAUUUCGGAUGCAGCCGCAUUGCGGACGGCAGGACCGCGCAGCAGCGGCUCAGCGGGACCCCCGCGUUCACCGCGCCGGAGCUUGUCGGGGGCGCCGGCGGCGCCGGCGGCGCGGACCCGUUCGCGGCGGAUGUCUGGGCGAUGGGGGCGUGCCUGUACUGCUUCAUCUACGGGCAGCUGCCGUUCCAGGGCGGCAGCGUGCUGGACAUCUUCAAGGCCAUCACCACAGAGCCGCUGGAGCUGCCGCGGGACGUCCUCAUCAGCGGCGACCUGCGCCACCUGCUGCACCGCCUGUUUGACAAGGACCCGGCCACGCGCAUCACGGUCCCCGAGAUCAUGGCUCACCCCUGGGUGACCGACGGCGGGCAGCUGCACCUCUCCCGGCCUGAGGGUGUGGAGGGCGGCGCGUACGGCGCGAUAGAGGUGACGGACCAGGAGCGGCGCGGCGCCAUCGACAGGGCGAGCCUGGUGUCCAUGAUCAGGGCGCGGCUCAAGGAGAAGACGUUCAGGAGCAACGAGUAUUUGUUCAAGCAGGUAAGCUGA